CCUAGUAACCUAGCAACCUAGCAACCUAGCAACCUAGCACACCUAGCAUCCAAACAGCACCAAGCCCAGGGAAGGUACAUAACUAAAACCCAGGGCAUCUUGCGUCUCCUCCGUCACUCCCGUCAGCUCCAUCCGCCCAAACCCCCCAACCCAAACUUCUGCCAACGUCCUAAUCCUCCGCCUACACUCGGUCCCUUUCAUAUUCAUAUCGUGUCCCAAGUAAAAAAAACCUCCUAUUUCUCUUCUUAUUUUAUACCUAUCUAUUAUUUUAUCUCCACCUGUAGGAGACACCAGACCAACAGAUACAAUGGAUUCCUCUGCAGCGAGUACCUUGGAGCUCAAGGACAACACGGUCAUCGUGGUCCUCGGUGCUUCGGGAGAUCUUGCGAAGAAGAAGACGUUCCCUGCCCUCUUUGGUCUCUACCGCAACCAAUUCCUACCUAGAGAUGUUAAGAUCGUCGGAUAUGCACGAACAAAAAUGGACCACGACGAGUAUCUCAAGAGGGUGAAAUCUUACAUCAAGACUCCGACCAAGGAUUUGGAAAAACAACUAGCCGAAUUCACGGAACAUUGCAGCUAUGUAUCCGGCCAAUAUGAUCAGGAUGAAUCUUUCUUGAAUCUCAACGCACACCUCGAGAAGCUAGAGGAUGGCCGCCACGAAACCCACCGUCUGUUCUACAUGGCGCUACCCCCCAGCGUCUUCACUAUUGUCUCGCAACAUCUUAAGAGAUGUUGCUACCCUACUAAGGGAAUUGCGCGAGUUAUUGUUGAGAAGCCGUUCGGAAAGGAUCUAGCCAGCUCGCGUGAGUUACAAAAGUCGCUGGAGCCCGACUGGAAGGAGGAUGAGCUCUUCCGUAUCGACCACUACCUCGGAAAGGAGAUGGUGAAGAACAUUCUCAUUCUUCGUUUUGGUAACGAGUUCUUUGGCGCUACCUGGAACCGCCACCACAUCGACAAUGUUCAGAUUACUUUUAAGGAGCCGUUUGGUACCGAGGGCCGAGGUGGAUACUUUGAUGAGUUUGGCAUUAUUCGAGACGUUAUGCAAAACCACUUGCUCCAGGUUUUGACGCUCCUCGCUAUGGAGCGACCCAUCUCUUUCUCGGCAGAGGAUAUCCGCGAUGAGAAGGUCCGAGUGCUGCGAGGUAUUCCUGCAAUUGAGCCAAAGAACGUCAUCAUUGGCCAAUACGGAAAGUCUCUCGAUGGCAGUAAGCCCUCAUACAAGGAGGAUGACACCGUCCCCAAGGACUCGCGCUGCCCAACUUUCUGCGCUUUAGUAGCUUACAUCAAGAACGAGAGAUGGGAUGGCGUUCCAUUUAUCAUGAAGGCCGGAAAGGCCUUGAACGAACAAAAGACCGAGAUCCGUAUCCAGUUUAAAGACGUUACUAGCGGAAUCUUUAAGGAUAUUCCUCGAAAUGAGCUUGUUAUGCGUAUCCAACCCAACGAGAGUGUCUAUAUCAAGAUGAACUCCAAGCUUCCUGGAUUAAGCAUGCAAACAGUCGUUACAGAGCUUGACUUGACGUACCGAAGACGGUUCUCCGACCUUAAGAUCCCCGAGGCGUACGAAUCACUUAUCUUGGACGCCCUCAAGGGUGACCACUCUAACUUUGUGCGAGAUGAUGAACUGGAUGCUAGCUGGAGGAUUUUCACUCCUCUAUUGCAUUAUCUGGACGAUAACAAGGAAAUCGUCCCAAUGGAGUACCCCUAUGGUUCCCGAGGGCCGGCGGUACUUGACGACUUCACAUCUUCGUACGGAUAUAAAUUUAGCGACGCCGCGGGUUACCAAUGGCCGAUGACAUCUGCCGCACCUCCUAACAAGUUUUGAAGUGGUAUUGAACCAACGAUAGCUGUCAACAUGCGUGAACAUGCUUAGAGUAACGACUCGGGGCACCAAAAAAUGCCUGUCCCGGCUAAUGGAACAAAGAAAACAUGAUCUCAUUUUUCUCUCGAGUGUUCAUUGUUGGGAUUUCGGGCUAGGGGCGCAGGAAGACUGAUGAAGUUCUGUCACUUAAUCAUGAUAGAAAAAGCAAUGCUAUUCAUUUGAACUGGGAAAACGUAAAUUUUGAGAUGUGGUUGCUGAUAAGCAACGAGAGACUGUGUCUUUAUUAAAUGAUGGGCGAAUGGAUCAAGCCGUAUUCGCAAUCAGUAUCCAAUAGGGUAGGAUCUCGCGCGGUGGGCGUAAUUGCGGGGGCCUUAUAUUGAAUAUCCCGAUCUAAGGCGGAUAUCGUUCCGAGGUUUUCAAACCCUUCUAGUCGAAGCUGACGAGAAAUUAUCGGGAGAGAAAAGAAAAAUAUCGCAUCGCGUAUUGAUUUCUACACAUGAUCGUCUUGCUCAUGUUGAUAUGAAGCGGUUAUCUUUACGACGCUAUACUAUACCUAUGGUUCCGCCAGCCUAGACCCCCCGAAAAUCAUCUACCCCUGAAGCUAAGUGGGUUGCACGUGUGAAAUGCCAAGCCUGAAUACGCCGUAUCCAAGAUGCAGUGUACGGAAAAUGCAUCACAUCGGCGAUUUAAUGACAUGACUAGAUACAGGAUGAAUCAAAUUUUGGGAAAUUGAUCAAGUGAGCGG